AUGUUGAAGCAUACAGGUGUAAAAUUUGAAUUGCUCACAGACAUUGACAUGAUCAUGUUUGUCGAGCGCGGUAUACGCGGUGGUCUGAGUCAGUGCUCAAACAGGAAUGACGAAAAUGUAAAUGUGCAGUUGGCUGUAAUAGCCUCGAAAGCAGAAAUUGCUGCUGCAACAAAGAAACCACGAUCUUUGGGAUCCUGCAGACCACCGCAGGCAUCGUCCGCGUCCAUCACAGCAUCGGAAGGAGAAUCUGUGGCAAAACCACCAUCUUCUGAAUCUGUCGAAAAGCCUGCAGAGAAACCACGAUCUUCGGGAUCCCCCAGACCACCGCCGGCAUCGUCCGCGUCCAUCACAGCAUCGGAAGGAGAGUCUGUGGCAAAACCACCAUCUUCUGAAUCUGUCGAAAAGCCUGCAGAGAAACCACGAUCUUCGGGAUCCUCCAGACCACCGCCGGCACCGUCCGCGUCCAUCACAGCAUUGGAACGAGAAUCUGUGGCAAAACCACCAUCUUCUGGAUCUGUCAAAUCAUUGCCGGCACCGUCCUCUACAGCAUCAAAAGCAGAACCUGUGGAAUCUGAAAUGAACCAUAUAGUGACGAGACAUGCUGCCCCUGUUGCCAGUAUAUUAAAUGGUUUUGGAACCUGA